GAACCCCCCCACCCUGUGCGCCCCGCAAGCAAGCCCGCAAAGAGACAACCAGGGAACCCCGAGGACGACGCCCGCCCUUAGUUAAAAGUUAGAAAUUCGAGAGCUCACCAAAUUUUGGAAAAGAGCCACAAGUGCGAAUUUGCUUUAAAGUAGUGAGCAGGAAAAAAGGAAAGAAUUCCAAGACCUCAGGUUGGAGAAUGACGUCGAUGGAACAGACCGAGACGAGUGUACGGAGCUUGAAUGAUAUUAAUUUGGAGGAGAUGGCGUUGAGGCAGCAACAACAGAAUAUAUAUGUACCGGAGGACCAGGUCCAGGACCAGGGCCAGGGCCAGGACCAGGGCCAGGACCAGCGUCAGCUGGGCCAGGGCCACCAAACUUGUAGUGAACAGCAGUACGGUCAACAACACGUUGGUCAGCAUGUUGGUCAACAUGUUGGUCAACAGGACCUGACGGUCCAGCUGACAGUGCAGGUUAGAGACACCACCACCAAAGGUAAAUACACCCUCAAUGACUUUCAAAUCCUUCGUACCUUGGGAACAGGCUCGUUUGGUAGAGUGCACUUGGCAAGAUCAAUCCAUAACGGACGUUUCUAUGCCAUGAAAACCCUCAAGAAGGAACGAGUGGUCAACAUGAAGCAAGUGGAACAUACCAAUGAUGAACGUCGAAUGCUCAAGUUGGCACAACACCCCUUCAUCAUCCGUAUGUGGGGUACCUUCCAAGACUGUCGUAACCUCUUUAUGAUCAUGGACUAUAUAGAAGGUGGCGAACUCUUCCUGUUACUCCGGAAAUCACAACGCUUCCCGACACCAGUUGCCAAGUUCUAUGCAGCAGAAGUGUUUCUUGCCAUCGAGUACCUCCAUGGUCUAGACAUCAUCUACCGAGACCUCAAGCCAGAAAACAUCUUGUUGGACAAGAAUGGACACAUCAAGCUCACGGACUUUGGCUUUGCCAAGGAGGUGACCGACGUCACCUACACGUUGUGUGGGACCCCUGACUACAUCGCCCCCGAGGUUGUGGCCACCAAGCCAUACAACAAGUCUGUCGACUGGUGGUCAUUUGGCAUUCUCAUCUUUGAGAUGCUCACGGGUUACACCCCGUUCUACGACCCAACGCCCAUGAAGACCUACGAAAACAUCUUGAACGGGACCAUCACGUACCCGGACUACCUCCCGCCAGACGUGCUUGACUUGCUCCAGAAGUUGAUUGUCAAGGACUUGUCGAAACGGUUGGGGAACCUCCAGAACGGGUCCGACGACGUCAAGCAACACCCCUGGUUCAAGGAGGUCAUCUGGGAACGUUUACUUCUGCGCGACAUCGAGACCCCCUACGAACCCCCCAUCACCUCCGGUGUCGGGGACACCUCGCAGUUCGACCGCUACCCAGAAGACAAGGAGUUGGACUACGGCAUUGUUGGUGUACAGGACCCCUUUGGCGACCUUUUCCGCGAUUUCUAGGUCCUCGUCCAUCUCCCUCACCCCCGGUACGACGCACGGCACAGCACGGUGCAGAGACCCGCGGCGGGUCCAUUGGCAUCCCCGUGGGGACAGCAAGAGGCUCCGCUGGGCCCCUGCCCGGGGAGGGCCACUGGCGUGGGGCCUGGCUCCUCUACGAGGAGACCU